UGCCUGCCAUUCCGUCGCUGGACUAGUUUUGUGGGCGUUUCUGGGGCAGUUUGUUUUUUCGGAGCCUUCUUGUUUCAAGUUUGUCGGUGUUAUUUGAAUUUUGUUCGCAGUGGAUGACGAUCGCGCGUACGGACUGGAUGCAUCUUUUUGUGUUUAAAUAUUUGAUUUCAACAUGAACAACAUAACUUUAAUUAAUGGACCGAAUCCUCUUGUGGAUUCGUUAACCAUGAAUGCUCAGCAUGCCACUCAUCAGGUUGCAGCCCAUGUUUUUUCCCAAUCUCAACAACAGCCCCAUCAAUGCUCUUCUCCUGCUGUCAUCUCAAAUUCUAGUCCGGGAACGCCAGCUUCUUACUCAUCAGUUAUGUCAAGUUCUAAUAUGGUCAAUGUCGGCGGAAGCUUGAGUUCUACACCAACUGAUGACGAGUCCAAAACUAAUCUUAUCAUAAACUAUCUGCCCCAAACAAUGACCCAGGAAGAUUUGCGUAAUUUGUUUUCUUCGAUUGGAGAAUUGGAAUCAUGCAAACUAAUUCGAGAUAAACUGACAGGAUCAAGUUUAGGAUACGGCUUUGUAAAUUUUGUUAAAGCAGCUGAUGCUGACAAAGCUAUAACAUCUUUGAAUGGACUAAGAAUGCAGCAAAAAACUAUCAAGGUUUCAUUUGCUCGUCCUAGUACUCCAUUGAUCAAAGAUGCUAAUCUAUAUGUUAGUGGUUUACCAAAGUCCAUGACUCAAGAAGAUCUACAGCGUAUAUUCAGUCCAUAUGGUAGAAUCAUAACAUCAAGAAUUUUGGUAGAUUUUUGCACAGGUAUGUCUCGAGGCGUGGGCUUUGUACGAUUCGAUAAACGUCCUGAAGCAGAAAUAGCGAUCAAUGCUCUAAAUGCUGUUCCCCAUGGAGCAAAAGACCCAAUCACUGUGAAAUUCGCAAACAACCCUUCACAGAAAAAUCAACAGGUUUUUCAAACACUGUAUGCAGCCGCUGCUUCUCCCACGAGACGACUGGCUGCAACAACACCUGGUCCACUAUAUCACCAGGCUCGCAAUUUCAGAUCUGGGGUGAACGAUCUUCUCUCUAAUGUGAAUGUGGGCCUGGGGGUUAAGAGGUAAUGCGGGUAUCGUAAAUAUGUGCGUAAAUCAUCAUGUAGUGCCAUUGUGUAUGAUCUGUUUGUAAAGUGUUGUGUGCUUCCAUAUAUGUCGUGAGUAAUGUUAAAGUCAAAGAGCAAGUUCCCAAUAUUCAUUUGUUUUUUAGUUUUCAACCUUAUUUAUUCACAGUUCACUAGUUCUCCUGCACAUUCAUUUUGGGCACUAUUUAUUAAUCUGUUUGGAAAUAUCAUUUUGAAAGUUUCAGUUUGAAUUUUUACAUAUUACAAUGCACUACUGGUAAUGAUUCGGUAGGAUUUAUUUCAAUAUUGGAUAUGUUUAUUAAAAU